AACCACUAAUGGCAGCCCCCUUGGCCCGCUGUAUGGAAUCAAAUUAUAUACCUAUUGUGAUCUUCUUAUGCUGAGGAAAGUGAAUAACUCCAAGGAAAUUUUCUCCAAGUCGAGGCUGAGGAAGAAGAAACCCAUUACUAAGAAUUUGUGUGCUGUUUCUCUGACGUGAACUAUGGAUGAGGAUGGAGAGACUGAGACAGGAGCUUACAUAUGGGAAGGGGAAUACGAGAAAACCUGGGAAGCAUUACGAGAAGAUGAAGCAGGAUCCAUUCAAGCAAGUGUUGAUGAUAUCGUCAGUCGAGCAAAACGGAGGCGUCUGCUGGAACGACCAGCCGACAUCCGACUAGGAAUGAUGCGACAUCUGUUUGUAGUCAUUGACCUGUCCUCUGCCAUGACUGAUCAAGACUUAAGGCCCACACGUCAGCAUUGCACACUGAAGCUGCUGGAAGGUUUCAUAGAGGAGUAUUUCGACCAGAAUCCCAUCAGUCAGCUGGGGCUCGUCGUCACACGUAACAAGUCUGCUGAGAAGCUGACGGAGCUGGGUGGAAACCCGCAGCGGCACAUCACGGCCGCCCGCAAGGCUGUCGACAUGGCGUGCAGCGGCGAACCAUCACUGCAAAACUCUCUGGAGAUUUGUAUGAAAACCCUGAGAUAUAUGCCAGGACAUACAAGCAGAGAGAUAUUGAUUAUAUUGGGAAGUCUCACAACCUGUGACCCUGGAGAUGUUAGUAAAACAAUAAAGGCAUUAUGUACGAAUAUUAGGCUAGUAAAUUUCUUAGAUGGGAAAAUUGGUUUGUGUUUCCAUCAGGAACUCGCUAGCUACAACAUCAGGUCAUCAGUGAUAGGGUUGGCAGCUGAGGUGCGAGUUUGUGCAAAGCUCUGCAAGGGAACGCGUGGUAAGUAUGGUGUGAUAUUGGAUGAGUGCCACUUCAAGGAUAUAUUAAUGCAACAUGUGAGCCCACCACCAGCAGCGACAAACACAGAAUCAUCACUCGUCCGGAUGGGCUUUCCCUAUCACCAGCUUUCAGCGAAUGUGGCGAGUGGAGAAACUCCGUCAAUGUGCAUGUGCCACUUAGAUGGCAACGAAGAACAAGGGUUUGGCAGCAAAGGGUACUUUUGUCCACAAUGCAAGGGAAAAUAUUGUGAAUUACCAGUGGAAUGCAAGUCUUGUGGUUUAACUCUAGUAUCAGCCCCACAUCUGGCACGAUCCUACCAUCACCUCUUCCCACUUGAUGCAUCUGUGGAGCUGAAACUUUCCAAUAUUUCAGCAGAGGUCUCUCAUUGCUAUGCAUGUCAAGUCAGAUUGACAGAGCAGCUGCUUUACCAGUGCCAAAAGUGCCAGAAGUUCUUCUGUCUAGACUGUGAUCUGUUUAUACACGAGACUCUCCAUUCCUGUCCAGGUUGUGCGAACAAGCCACCUAAUCAAGCUUUAAAUGACAGUGUUAAUAAUAGAAACAACACGUGACAUCUUCAGAAAAAAGUUGAUGUAUAUAUUAUGUGAUAUGAUAGUAUGUUUCAAAGUAUUCGUUAUGUGUAUUUGGUAUAUGUAUCCAAUUGUGCGGUGAAAUAUUGAAUAAAACAAAGGUUAUUAGUAAAUAUACUCACUUAUAAA